GGACACGUGAUUAUCGGAGGAAAAGGUUAUUUCACGAUUUCUCGCCAAGUAUAAUUUCUAAAUUAGCCAUGGGGUAAGAGAAAAGUAUCUACUUUAUUCACAAUAUACCGUUUACACAUAUAAUAUAUUACAAUAUUGAUUCCACACUAGCUCGUUUGUUUAUCAUACUACCGCUUGAUGUGUUUUGAUGAACCAGCUUUUCGGGAUUUUGCAGUGCCUUAGUAUACUGUACUGAUAGCUAGUUAGCUAUAUCAAACGUGCAUGAAAUUAAUUAUACAUUUUGCAACCGUUUUUCCUCCAGGUUUGAAUGAGGAUGUUUCUGCUUCUUUGACUUUAGUCAGGACUCGCAUCCCAUGGUGCAAAGUGAAACCGGAGUCCUAGCCGGCUGACCGGAGCUGUCAACAGGAAGCAUACACCAUCAUCAGCCAAACAUUCAGAAGGGCUUCCGAUGUCUCUACUAGAAGAUAUACUUGAUCUGUUGCGAAAUGGCCUUGAGUAUUUCGGAGUCCCUCCUGAAAUGGUAAAAUGAGUUAAAUAUCACAUCUGCAGGGCUCAAUUUGUAGGAUGCUUGUUUUGAGAUUGUACGCAAAGUUUGAAGAUUUUAAGAGUGCUUUUUGACUAAAAUACGUGUGUGUGUCAGCUGGUUCCAGUGUGGGAGAGCCAGUUGUGUGGUCAGUACCGGAGCCUGGUGCGGAUGAUCGGGACCAACCUCCCAUUGACCCCUUCUCCACGUAUCCACUUCCAGGUCAAUAUGAAUAUAACUGGUUAAGGCUGGUCUAGGAGGUUCUUACCUAAUACAUCAGUCCUAUCCAUAACCAUUGGGGGAGUUGGGAAAUGGUCUAACUCUCAGCUGGCUCAUACUGUCCACAGAUUCCUCUACACACCUCCCGACAGCACGGAUACCUAGAUAUCACCAUGGAUACCCACCACGCUAUCCCCUCCUUUGCUGAUGUGCUGUGGGUGGCGGAGGAUGAGGGAGACUGCUUUGCCAAGAUCAGGUAGAUGGAACCCAGUAGAUAUACACAGAGACUCCUCAGACUGGUAGAACCCAGUAGAUAUACACAGAGACUCCUCAGGCUGGUAGAACCCAGUAGAUAUACACAGAGACUCCUCAGACUGGUAGAACCCAGUAGAUAUACACAGAGACUCCUCAGACUGGUAGAACCCAGUAGAUAUACACAGAGACUCCUCAGGCUGGUAGAACCCAGUAGAUAUACACAGAGACUCCUCAGACUGGUAGAACCCAGUAGAUAUACACAGAGACUCCUCAGACUGGUAGAACCCAGUAGAUAUACACAGAGACUCCUCAGACUGGUAGAACCCAGUAGAUAUACACAGAGACUCCUCAGACUGGUAGAACCCAGUAGAUAUACACAGAGACUCCUCAGACUGGUAGAACCCAGUAGAUAUACACAGAGACUCCUCAGGCUGGUAGAACCCAGUAGAUAUACACAGAGACUCCUCAGGCUGGUAGAACCCAGUAGAUAUACACAGAGACUCCUCAGACUGGUAGAACCCAGUAGAUAUACACAGAGACUCCUCAGACUGGUAGAACCCAGUAGAUAUACACAGAGACUCCUCAGACUGGUAGAACCCAGUAGAUAUACACAGAGACUCCUCAGACUGGUAGAACCCAGUAGAUAUACACAGAGACUCCUCAGGCUGGUAGAACCCAGUAGAUAUACACAGAGACUCCUCAGACUGGUAGAACCCAGUAGAUAUACACAGAGACUCCUCAGGCUGGUAGAACCCAGUAGAUAUACACAGAGACUCCUCAGACUGGUAGAACCCAGUAGAUAUACACAGAGACUCCUCAGACUGGUAGAACCCAGUAGAUAUACACAGAGACUCCUCAGACUGGUAGAACCCAGUAGAUAUACACAGAGACUCCUCAGGCUGGUAGAACCCAGUAGAUAUACACAGAGACUCCUCAGACUGGUAGAACCCAGUAGAUAUACACAGAGACUCCUCAGACUGGUAGAACCCAGUAGAUAUACACAGAGACUCCUCAGGCUGGUAGAACCCAGUAGAUAUACACAGAGACUCCUCAGGCUGGUAGAACCCAGUAGAUAUACACAGAGACUCAUCAGACUGGUAGAACCCAGUAGAUAUACACAGAGACUCCUCAGACUGGUAGAACCCAGUAGAUAUACACAGAGACUCCUCAGACUGGUAGAACCCAGUAGAUAUACACAGAGACUCCUCAGACUGGUAGAACCCAGUAGAUAUACACAGAGACUCCUCAGACUGGUAGAACCCAGUAGAUAUACACAGAGACUCCUCAGGCUGGUAGAACCCAGUAGAUAUACACAGAGACUCCUCAGACUGGUAGAACCCAGUAGAUAUACACAGAGACUCCUCAGACUGGUAGAACCCAGUAGAUAUACACAGAGACUCCUCAGGCUGGUAGAACCCAGUAGAUAUACACAGAGACUCCUCAGGCUGGUAGAACCCAGUAGAUAUACACAGAGACUCCUCAGGCUGGUAGAACCCAGUAGAUAUACACAUAGACUCCUCAGGCUGGUAGAACCCAGUAGAUAUACACAGAGACUCCUCAGACUGGUAGAACCCAGUAGAUAUACACAUAGACUCCUCAGGCUGGUAGAACCCAGUAGAUAUACACAGAGACUCCUCAGACUGGUAGAACCCAGUAGAUAUACACAGAGACUCCUCAGACUGGUAGAACCCAGUAGAUAUACACAGAGACUCCUCAGACUGGUAGAACCCAGUAGAUAUUCACAGAGACUCCUCAGGCUGGUAGAACCCAGUAGAUAUACACAGAGACUCCUCAGACUGGUAGAACCCAGUAGAUAUACACAGAGACUCCUCAGGCUGGUAGAACCCAGUAGAUAUACACAGAGACUCCUCAGACUGGUAGAACCCAGUAGAUAUACACAGAGACUCCUCAGACUGGUAGAACCCAGUAGAUAUACACAGAGACUCCUCAGACUGGUAGAACCCAGUAGAUAUACACAGAGACUCCUCAGACUGGUAGAACCCAGUAGAUAUACACAGAGACUCCUCAGGCUGGUAGAACCCAGUAGAUAUACACAGAGACUCCUCAGACUGGUAGAACCCAGUAGAUAUACACAGAGACUCCUCAGACUGGUAGAACCCAGUAGAUAUACACAGAGACUCCUCAGACUGGUAGAACCCAGUAGAUAUACACAGAGACUCCUCAGACUGGUAGAACCCAGUAGAUAUACACAGAGACUCCUCAGACUGGUAGAACCCAGUAGAUAUACACAGAGACUCCUCAGGCUGGUAGAACCCAGUAGAUAUACACAGAGACUCCUCAGACUGGUAGAACCCAGUAGAUAUACUCACCUUGAGGCUUGUGUGUAGAAUCCGAUGGGGAUAUGUUAUUGACACGCCAGCGAAAGAGAGUGAGAGCGAUUAUUACCCAACUGUAAACAAGUUAAGCUGGCUAGCUAGUAAUUUUGGCUAACUGUUGGGUGAAAAUAUUCACUUAUUUACUGUUAAUUAGCCGUCAUAAAUCUUUGCAAGCAAACUCGACGCUUGUCCGAAACUGCAUGGUGUCUCCAGUAAUGUCUACUUUACUCCAGACAUCUCCACUUUCCAAGCAUAUUAUGAAAGGACUGUUUCUCAAUCUGUCAUUCCUUCUUGUCCGAUCUCAGGCACUUUGAGCGUCCGUCCCGGCAGGGUGCUGUGAGUCGGGGCGAUGAGGUGGCGCUGGUCCCUCCACUUCCAGGGGACCCAGGGUUGGCAUCGGUCCGAGCCCAGCCAGGAGACAUGAUGCUGGGGCACAGAUCAGACCCAGUGGCCCUCCGGAAGAUCACAGCCCUGGAGGAUGAGCUGCUCAAACUGCGAGCUCAGAUUGCCAUGAUUGUCACCGCGCCACCCUCCGGUAUAAACACACCCUACGUAGACAUACAGACAGACACCCCUAUCCCAGCCAUGGUACACAUCAUUCCUCUAUUAUGAAAGUGAUACAUCAGACUUAUCGUUUCUUCACCCUGUUCCCUCCCUCCUUUUCCUGUCAUCCAGGUCCAGCCCAUUCCCAGAACCUUCCGGGUACCCCUGGAAUGUCCCCCGCCCUCACCUCCACCCCUUGCUGCCCUCCUCCUCCUCCUCCCUGCCCUCCCCCUCCUCCUCCUCCUCCUCCUCCCAGCUCCUCUGUAGGGCUGUCUGCGGUGGGGGAUCUAAUCCAGCAGUGCAGGGAGGCCGGUAAGGGUCAUGCCCAGGGAAAGGGCCAUGCGGCUGGGCAGGUUGGACUACUACAGCCCCAGGAUGAGGCGGCAGGACAGGGCCCGGUCCCCUCCAUGCUGGAUGUACUGAAUGAUCUGAACCAGGUCAAACUACGCUCCGUGCAGAGGUAGGCAUGGAGACUAAGGCAUGUCAUUGUUCUCCAGUUGGUUUAAUACAGCAGCCUGUCUGUCUGAAGCAGCAGAUCUGCCAACCUGCACGCCUUUUGCAUGCAAUCUGAGGUCAAAUAACAUUUUAUUGGUCGCAUACACAUAAUUAGCAGAAGUUAUUGCAGGUGUAGCGAAAUGCUUGUGUUAUGAGGUAUACCGGUACCACAGUAAUACCACAUAAUACUUCUGAUACCAACAUUUUUAGAAUACUGUUUCAUAUGAUAGUACUACCCACAUAGCCCUACCGAUCUAAAGAACCAGCUGGCGCCUGUUAUAAAAUGUUUUAUAAAGUCAGUUUUGUUUAUAAAUUCAGUUAAAUACUUUUUUUUUUUUAAGCAACAGCCACUAGUCUCUUGUAUGCGCCAGUCCAAUAAUAUCCACUUCCCUUCCAGACAUCGCUCACCUGCUUUUCUCCAUCCCUCUUCCUCUGUUUCUCCAUCAGUUUUUAAAGUUACAUUUGUACUUUUUAUACAUUGGAGAAAGGCACAGAGUGAGCAAAGUUGAUACAUUUGUAUCAUUUCUUCACAUGAUAUAACCAAGAGCACAGGCCAGUCUGAGUAGGCUUCGCUGUCGCCUGUCACACAGCCUCUGCGGAGGGGAGAAAUGGAGCACGGUUUCGCGACAGGCGAAGAAAACGGCUUGUCUCUAGCCUAAAGGGUAAAAAGAAUUACCCUUAUUACCAGAGCUACCCUUUUUUCUUCCUGCGCGAUUUAUAUAAUUUCACAAACCAUGUUGGCGACCGUUUUAAACUAAUCCCGGGUGGAUAAUUAUUGGUUUGAUAACAAACAACGUUGUUCAGUCGUGUUACCUAGCUAGCUAACCACCUGGUAACUGGACAGUAGGUCUAGGCUGUUACCUAGCUAGCUAACCACCUGGUAACUGGACAGUAGGUCUAGGCUCAUCUGAUUGGCCCAGGAAGAAAUGGCAAGGCUACUCAUGAGACGGUAGGAUUCAUAUAGACCUAAUGGAAGACUAAUCAUCUCUCUCUUUCUGGUGCUCCUCAUGAGAUGGUAGGAUUCAUAUAGACCUAAUGGAAGACUAAUCAUCUCUCUCUUUCUGGUGCUCCUCAUGAGAUGGUAGGAUUCAUAUAGACCUAAUGGAAGACUAAUCAGCUCUCUCUUUCUGGUGCUCCUCAUGAGAUGGUAGGAUUCAUAUAGACCUAAUGGAAGACUAAUCAGCUCUCUCUUUCUGGUGCUCCUCAUGAGAUGGUAGGAUUCAUAUAGACCUAAUGGAAGACUAAUCAUCUCUCUCUUUCUGGUGCUCCUCAUGAGAUGGUAGGAUUCAUAUAGACCUAAUGGAAGACUAAUCAUCUCUCUCUUUCUGGUGCUCCUCAUGAGAUGGUAGGAUUCAUAUAGACCUAAUGGAAGACUAAUCAUCUCUCUCUUUCUGGUGCUCCUCAUGAGAUGGUAGGAUUCAUAUAGACCUAAUGGAAGACUAAUCAUCUCUCUCUUUCUGGUGCUCCUCAUGAGAUGGUAGGAUUCAUAUAGACCUAAUGGAAGACUAAUCAUCUCUCUCUUUCUGGUGCUCCUCAUGAGAUGGUAGGAUUCAUAUAGACCUAAUGGAAGACUAAUCAUCUCUCUCUUUCUGGUGCUCCUCAUGAGAUGGUAGGAUUCAUAUAGACCUAAUGGAAGACUAAUCAUCUCUCUCUUUCUGGUGCUCCUCAUGAGAUGGUAGGAUUCAUAUAGACCUAAUGGAAGACUAAUCAUCUCUCUCUUUCUGGUGCUCCUCAUGAGACGGUAGGAUUCGUAUAGACCUAAUGGAAGACUAAUCAUCUCUCUCUUUCUGGUGCUCCUCAUGAGAUGGUAGGAUUCAUAUAGACCUAAUGGAAGACUAAUCAUCUCUCUCUUUCUGGUGCUCCUUACAUUCUGUUUGCUGUCUAACAUUUUGGAAGUUGGGAGUCAGUGUGUGAGGAAGGGACUGAGGGAGUGAGUGAGGGAGGGAGGGACUGAGGGAGGGAGUGUGUGAGGGAGGGACUGAGGGAGGGAGUGUGUGAGGGAGGGACUGAGGGAGUGUGUGAGGGAGGGAGUGUGUGAGGGAGGGAUUGUGUGAGGGAGGGUACUGAGAGAGUGAGGGACUGAGGGAGUGAGUGAGUGAGGGAGGGAGGGACUGAGGGAGGGAGGGACUGAGGGAGGGAGUGAGUGAGGGAGGUGACUGAUGGGAGGGAGUGAGUGAGGGAGGGAGUGACUGAGGGAUGGAGGGACUGAGGGAGAGUGUUGAGGGAGGGAGGGACUGAGGGAGGGAGUGAUGUGAGGGGAGGGAGGGACUGAGGAGGGAGUGAGUGAGGGGAGGGAGGGACUGAGGGAGGGAGUGUGUGAGGGAGGGGGGGAGGGACUGAGGGAGGGAGUGUGUAGGAGGAGGGACUGAGAGAGGAGGACUGAGGGAGUAGUUGAGGAGUGAGGGACUGAGAGAGGGAGGACUGAGGAGUGAGUGUGUGAGGAAGGGAGUGAGUGUAGGGAGGGGAGGACUGAGGGAGGGAGUGUGUGGGAGGGAGGGACUGAGUGAGGGAGGGACUGAGGGAGUGAGUGUGGGGAGGAAGGGAGGGAGUGAGUGGAGUGAGGGACUGAGGCGGGAGUGUGUGAGGGAGGAGGGACUGAGGGGAGUGUAGUGAGGGAGGGAGGGACUGUGGGGAGGGACUUGUGUGUGGGGAUGGACUGAGGAGGGAGUGGUGUGAGGAGGGAGGGAUGUGGUGAGGGAGGGAGGGACUGGGGGGGAGUGGAUGGGGGAGGGAGGGGGAUGGGGGGGGGGAUGGGAGAGUGUGUGAGGAGGAGGGAGGACUGGGGGAGGGACUGAGGGAGGGAGGCUGGGGAGGGAGUGUGUGAGGGAGGAACUGGAGGGAGGGAGUGGGGGGUGGGAGUGUGUGGUUUAUGAGAGAGAGGGAGUCAGUGUGUGAGGGAUAAACUGAGGGAGUGAGUGUGUGAGUGAGUGAGUGAAUGUGAGGGAGGGAGUGUGUGAGGGAGGGAGUGUGUGAGGGAGGGACUGAGGGAGGAGGGAGGGAGGGACUGGGGGAGGGAGUGUGUGAGGGAGGGAGUGUGUGAGGGAGGUACUGGGGGAGGGAGGGACUGGGGGAGGGACUGAGGGAGGGAGUGUCUGUGUUAACUGAAAAGAAAAGAAGGGUUCAUGCAGUGUUUUCUCCUUACUGACACAAUGACAUGCAGAUCAUUAUGCAUGCAUAUUCCUCCAGCCAAAUCACAGGUAGGCCUUUGCAAUUAUGAGCAAAUCAGCCAUUCUAUGCAGUAUUAUAUUAUACAGUGAACAGUGUAGGGCUGUCCCCGACUACAAAAAACUAUUUGUCGACCGUCUGUUCUUUCGACCAAUUGAUGAAAAAAGACACAAAUGCCUCAAGAGGGUGCCAGAGAUCUAGAUAACCAGAAUGAGAAAAAACAUAACCUGACCCAACUAUUCUCCUCCUGCUGGCUUUCACCGAUUCUGACGUUACUCUCCUGUAAUAGGAGGAGUUCUCAUGUGCCAAUUUAUCUUCCCGUUUCUACCGAUUUGCAUGGCAGUUAUCAUUUUCAUAUGCACAAUUUCGUGGAACAGUUUCAUUUCAUUUAUAAAUGUCUUCUAUCCAAAUCUAAAUGAAAAAUGAUCAACUUAAAAAGUAACUUCUAUUGCCAUCUCCAACUCUGUAAAAAUAGCCUACGUAAAGCCAACCAAUAACUAUAAACAUUGCAGCCUGCAGGUAGGUAAUCUAAAUGAAAAUUAAACAAACCUAAAAAAAAAGGUCACUUUGCCAACUAUGUAAAAAUAGCCUAUAAAGCCAACAAAUAACAUUGCAGCCUGCAGGUAGAAGAAAUGCUGAUAAAAAUAAAUAUCCUGUCAAUCACUUUGGCUAUGCAUGGCCUGUCUGCUACGAACUAGAAACAUUGUAUCAUUUAUCUGACCUGCAAAUUUGCAACAUUGUAUAACAUAUUCUGGGCCCAUAUUUCCAGUGACAGUGAGCUCUGGACAGACACAGCUGUAGGCUAUUUGUGCAAGGGAUAAGAAGCAAUCAGGUGGGCCUAUUUUUAUGACGUUUCAACUGGAUCAGAGCAUGACGUUUUUCCCUUUUCACGCCCGAGUGGUGAUCAAAAGGGAGAGAGUUGGAAAGAUUUUUCAAAUGCAUUUAGGAACUAUUGUCAAUCUCAAUGGAUGUAAAAACAGACUUUGUUUGCUUGCUGUUUGAGGUGAAGAAAACAUUACUUUCAGAGACGCUCCACAGCUCAUUAGUGGGGGUGCGUUAAGCCAAUCAGAAAUACUAUCAGAUCCCCAGAAGGGCAGGUUUAUAGGCCAACAUUUACACUCAGGCCAGGUAGCCUAUAGGCCGACUUCUAUGCGUAAUCAGGUGCGUGACUCAACGCAAAAAUAGGCUUCUACACUGAACAACAAUAUAAACGUAACAUGUAAAGUGUUGGUCCCACGUUUCAUGAGCUGAAAUAAAAGAUCCCUCAAUUCUUUUUCCAGAUGCACAAAAAGCGUAUUUAUCUCCAGAUUUUGUGCAUGUUUGUUUACAUCCCUGUUAGUGGGCGUGUCUCCAUCCACCUGACAGGUGUGGCCGACUGUUUCAUACCGUGACGAGAUCCUGAGGUCCGUUGUCGUGCAAUUCAUCCGCCGCAAUCACCUCAUGUUUCUGCAUGAUAAUGCACGGCCCCAUGUCGCAAACAACUGUACCCAAUUCCUGGAAGCUGAAAAUGUCCCAGUUCUUCCAUGGCCUGCAUACUCACCAGACAUGUCACCCAUUUAAGCAUGUUUGGGAUGCUCUGGGUCGACGUGUACGACAGCGUGUUCCAGUUCCCGCCAAUAUCCAGCAACUUCGCACAGCCAUUGAAGAGGAGUGGGACAACAUUCCACAGGCCUCAAUCAACAGCCUGAUCAACUCUAUGUGAAGGAGAUGUGUCGCGCUGCAUGAGGCAAAUGUUGGUCGCACCAGAUACUGACUGGUUUUCUGAUCCAUGCCCCUACUUUUUUUUUUAAAUAGAUAUCUGACCAACAGAUGCAUAUCUGUAUUCCAAGUCAUGUGAAAUCCAUAGGUUAGGGCCUAAUCAAUUUGUUGCAAUUAUAAACUGUAGCUUAGUAAAAAGCAGGUCGCUGUGUGGAUGGAAACAGACAGAGGGAGCUGUUCGGCUAAUACCGUACUAUAACAGUCAUAUGAUAAUGAAUCAGUUAUUGAUGUGUCCUCUUGAUAUACACUCAGUGGCCAGUUUAUUUAGUACCGGGUCAUACCCCUCUUUGCCUCCAGAACAUCCAUAAUUUUUUUAGGGCACGGAAAUGUUGCUCAAUUGGUAUCAAGGGACCUAACGUGUGCCAGGAAAACAUUCCCUACACAGCCACCAGCCUGUGCCGUUGACACCAGGCCAUGGGGCACGAAGUCCAGCCAUCAGCAUGACUCGACAGGAACCAGGAUUCGUCGGACCAGGCGACGUUUUCCACUCCUCAAUUGUCCAGUGUUGGUGAUGGCGUGCCCACUGGAGCCGCUUCUUCUUGUUUUUAGCUGAUAGGGAGUGGAACCCGGUGUGGUCGUCUGCUGCAAUAGCCCCGUCCGUGACAAGGACCGACGAGUUGUGCGUUCCGAGAUGCCGUUCUACACACCACUGUUGUACAUGUACUGCGCUGUUAUUUGCCUGUUUUGUGGCCCGCCUGUUAGCUUCCACGAUUUCCUGCCAGUCUCCUGCGACCUCUCAUCAACAAGAGAUACUGGUACCGAUGAUCAUACCACGCUCAGUCGCUUAGGUCAUUCGUUUUGCCCAUUUCUAAUGUUCAAUCAAACAGCAGCUGCUUUUAUAUAGCAAGCAUGACUCAGCAUGUCUGUAGGAGUGAACCAUUUUGUGAACGGGGUGUAAACUGGCCACAGUGUUGCUAUGUCAACAGUAGGCUAAUGAUGUGAUAAUAAGUCAGUUCACCCAAUGACAACGUUUCUCCUCAGACUGAAGGGGUAGCCUAGUAGUCGGACAUAAUUUACAUUUUAGUCAUUUAGCCGACGCUCUUAUCCAGAGAGACUUACAGGAGCAAUUAGGGUUAAGUGCCUUGCUCAAGGGCACAUUGACAGAUUAUUCACCUAGUCGUCAUCCCAGGUAUUCGAACCAGCGACCUUUCGGUUACUGGCCCAACGCUCUUAACCGGUAGGAGAUCUGAAACAUAGUAGGCCUAGUUGUUUUCAUAUUCAAAAUAGCCAACAGUAAGCUAGACGACUACAUUGCAUCCAGUAAUUGAAUUAUUCCGAUUUUAAGAGGCCAGUUUUACAUUUUCACUAGACUAUCCACAUAGACACCUAUUAAUUAGAAUUGUCAUUAUUCCUACAUUUUACCUAGAAAAUUGUGAAAGUGUAAUUGAGACCACCGCAAUUUCAUGUAAGACUUCUGUGUUGGCUGCAGCGCCUUCAGAAAGUAUUCAUACCCCCUUAUUCCACGUUUUGUUGUGUUACAACCUGAAUUAAAAAUGGUUUAAAUAGAUUUUUCUCUCUCAACCCAUCUACACACAAUACCCCAUAAUGACAAAGUGAAAACAUGUUUUUAGACAUUAAAACAAAUUUAUUGAAAAUGAAAUACACAUAUCUAAUUUAUGUAAGUAUUCACAUCCCUGAGUCAAUACUUUGUAGAAGCACCUUUGGCAGCGAUUACAGCUGUGAGUCUUUCUGGGUAAGUCUCUAAGAGCUUUCCACACCUGGAUUGUGCAACAUUUGCCCAUUUAUUAUUUUCAAAAUUCUUCAAGCUCUGUCAAAUUGGUUUUUCAAGUCUUGCCAUAGAUUUUCAAGUAGAUUUAAGUCAAAACUGUAACUCGGCCACUCAGGAACAUUCACUGUCUUCUUGGUAAGCAACUCCAGUGUAGAUUUGGUCUUGUGUUUUAGGUUAUUGUCCUUCUGAAAGGCGAAUUCGUCUCCCAGUGUCUGGUGGAAAGCAGACUGAACCAGGUUUUCCUCUAGGAUUUUGCCUGUGCUUAGCUCCAUUCCGUUUCUUUUUUAUCUUGAACAACGCAAACGCAUACCCAUAACAUGAUGCAGCCACCACUGUGCUGGAAAAUAUGGAGAGUGGUUCUCAGUAAUGUGUUGUAUUGGAUUUGUUUUCAGGACAAAAAGUUAAUUGCUUUGCCACAUUUUUUGCAGUAUUACUUUAGUACCUUAUUGCAAACAGGAUGCAUGUUUUGGAAUAUAUUUAUUCUGUACAGGCUUCCUUCUUUUCACUCUGUCAAUUAGGUUAGUAUUGUGGAGUAACUACAAUGUUGUUGAUCCAUCCUCAGUUUUCUCCUAUCACAGCCAUUAAACUCUGUAACUGUUUUAAAGUCACCAUUGGCCUCAUGGUGAAUUCCAUGAGCGGUUUCCUUCCUCUUUGGCAACUGAGUUAGGAAGGACGCCUGUAUCUUUGUAGUGACUGGGUGUAUUGAUACACCAUCCAAAGGGUAAUGAAUAACUUCACCAUGCUCAAAGGGAUAUUCAAUGUCUGCUUUUAUUUAUAUUUUUACCCAUCUACCAAUGGGUGCCCUUCUUUGCGAGGCAUUGGAAAACCUCCCUGGUCUUUAUGGUUGAAUCUGUGUUUGACAUUCACUGCUUGACUAACGUACCUUACAGAUAAUUGUAUGUGGGGUAGAGAGAUGAGGUAGUCAUUCAAAAAUCAUGUUAAGCACUAUUAUUGCACACAGAGAGCUAGAACAAAGGGGUUGAAUACUAACCCUAACCCAUUAACUAAUUUUGUUUAAAAACAUCUAAAAACAUCAUUACACUUUGACAUUAUGGGGUAUUGUGUGUAGGCCAGUGACCAAAUCUCAAUUUAAUCCAUUUUAAAUUCAGGCUGUAAAACAACAAAAUGUGGAAAAAGUAAAGGGGUGUGAAUACUUUCUGAAGUCACUGUCACUUAAAAAAAAUAAUAUAUAUAUAUAUACACACAGUGGGGAGAACAAGUAUUUGAUACACUGCCGAUUUUGCAGGUUUUCCUACUUACAAAGCAUGUAGAGGUCUGUAAUUUUUUAUCAUAGGUACACUUCAACUGUGAGAGACGGAAUCUAAAACAAAAAUCCAGAAAAUCACAUUGUAUGAUUUUUAAGUAAUUAAUUUGCAUUUUAUUGCAUGACAAGUAUUUGAUACAUCAGAAAAGCAGAACUUAAUAUUUGUUACAGAAACCUUUGUUUGCAAUUACAGAGAUCAUACGUUUCCUGUAGGUCUUGAUCAGGUUUGCACACACUGCAGCAGGGAUUUUGGCCCACUCCUCCAUACAGACCUUCUCCAGAUCCUUCAGGUUUCAGGGCUUUCGCUGGGCAAUACGGACUUUCAGCUCCCUCCAAAGAUUUUCUAUUGGGUUCAGGUCUGGAGACUGGCUAGGCCACUCCAGGACCUUGAGAUGCUUCUUACGGAGCCACUCCUUAGUUGCCCUGGCUGUGUGUUUCGGGUCGUUGUCAUGCUGGAAGACCCAGCCACGACCCAUCUUCAAUGCUCUUACUGAGGGAAGGAGGUUGUUGGCCAAGAUCUCGCGAUACAUGGCCCCAUCCAUCCUCCCCUCAAUACGGUGCAGUCGUCCUGUCCCCUUUGCAGAAAAGCAUCCCCAAAGAAUGAUGUUUUCCACCUCCAUUGUUCACGGUUGGGAUGGUGUUCUUGGGGUUGUACUCAUCCUUCUUCUUCCUCCAAAUACGGCGAGUGGAGUUUAGACCAAAAAGCUCUAUUUUUGUCUCAUCAGACCACAUGACCUUCUCCCAUUCCUCCUCUGGAUCAUCCAGAUGGUCAUUGGCAAACUUCAGACGGGCCUGGACAUGCGCUGGCUUGAGCAGGGGGACCUUGCGUGCGCUGCAGGAUUUUAAUCCAUGACGGCGUAGUGUGUUACUAAUGGUUUUCUUUGAGACUGUGGUCCCAGCUCUCUUCAGGUCAUUGACCAGGUCCUGCCGUGUAGUUCUGGGCUGAUCCCUCACCUUCCUCAUGAUCAUUGAUGCCCCACGAGGUGAGAUCUAGCAUGGAGCCCCAGACCGAGGGUGAUUGACCGUCAUCUUGAACUUCUUCCAUUUUCUACUAAUUGCGCCAACAGUUGUUGCCUUCUCACCAAGCUGCUUGCCUAUUGUCCUGUAGCCCAUCCCAGCCUUGUGCAGGUCUACAAUUUUAUCCCUGAUGUCCUUACACAGCUCUCUGGUCUUGGCCAUUGUGGAGAGGUUGGAGUCUGUUUGAUUGAGUGUGUGGACAGGUGUCUUUUUAUACAGGUAACGAGUUCAAACAGGUGCAGUUAAUACAGGUAAUGGGUGGAGAACAGGAGGGCUUCUUAAAGAAAAACGCAAAUUAAUUACUUAAAAAUCAUACAAUGUGAUUUUCUGGAUUUUUGUUUUAGAUUCCGUCUCUCACAGUUGAAGUGUACCUAUGAUAAAAAUUACAGACCUCUACAUGCUUUGUAAGUAGGAAAACCUGCUAAAUCGGCAGUGUAUCAAAUACUUGUUCUCCCCACUGUACAUAGAAUCAUAAUAAUAUAUCUCCCCCCCCCCCCCCCCCCCCCCCCACCUCCACAAAAAAAAAUAGGUGGUAGAUCAGGUUUAAUACUGCAGAUAGAUUGUAUCAAUGUAAUUGUCUGCAUCAUUUCCAAUCCCCCAUGUUUUUUUUGCAUGUAUAAUUUCAUCAAUUUUAGAAUAAGGCUGUAACGUAAAAAAUAAUGUGGGAAAAGUGAAGGGGUCUGAAUACUUUCCGAAAUGCACUGUGUAUACAAUGGCUUGCGAAAGUAUUCACCCCUCUUGGCAUUUUUCCUAUUUUGUUGCCUUGCAACCUGGAAUUAAAAUUGAUUUUUUGGUGGUUUGUAUCAUUUGAUUUACACAACAUGCCUACCACUUUUUGAAGAUGCAAAAUAUUUUUUAUUGUGAAACAAAAAAAAAAAAAAACGUGUUUGAGAGCAUCAAAACCAUGAUGUAUCAUGGGUAAAUUGUGACUGACUGAUCUAUAAAUAAUAAUGAGUAGUGAUUUAUGAUGCAAGGUGUGGAACAUUCUCUAACUGACACUGAAUGUUAUAUAGUGUUGUGUUUGCUCCGCCCCCAGGUCGCCUGGGGGAACGCCGGUGCGGAGGAGGCGGAGCAAUGGCACAGUGUUGCUAAGCGACCCGGCCUCCAUGAUUGCCGAGGCACUGAGGAGGAAGUUCGCCCACCGUCGCCUCGAUGACUCGUACGACAAAGAGAACCGCUCGGCAGAGCUCUCGCCGUUCGGCAGCCCCGAUACGUCGCCCUGU